AAUUGCCCCGUUUCCCCCCAAAUCGAGCCGAAGGCUUCCGCCCUUUUACUCUGAGCUUGCUCUCCCUCGAUUUCCUUCUCCGUUUCGAUUCCAGAUGGGCGACUUCUCGGCUCCUUCCUUCUCUCUCGGCCUCGAUCUUGACCUUGCUGAUCUCCCCACCGAAGGUGAGGAAGAGGAGGAAGAACAAGAGCGAUCUCCUCUCCCUAAUCCAUUGUCCGGAAUAGAAUCUCCUAACUUGGAGCUCUUCCGAGAUCAACGGUUGGAAGAGCGAGAAGCGAUUGGUCCUGGAAUUGCGUUAGAUCCGGAGCCCAUCUGGGGAACCCCUCUGCCGGCUCUCAAGCGACUGCGGCGAGGCCCGCCUCCUCCUCGCUGUCGUAGCAAUUCGCUGGUUGCUCAUUCUUCUUUAGAUGAUGGUGGCGGUGAACUGAGAGAUGAUUCGAUACUGUUAGACGAUGACAUCGAGGAGUUCUCAUCCCCAGAAAAUAAUCCGAGUCGAGAUAAGUCUUCUUCAGUACGAAACCACAUUGCUGGCAGCUUUUCAAAGUUUUCACUGCAAAAUCAUGGAGUCCUUACAGGUCAAUCUACAACCAAGUUGAUGGUGCCAAAAAUCUCACGACCAUUUGAUGUCUUACCUUCAGCAGUUUCCCAUGAAAUCUGCAAUAAGAAAGUGUUUCAGAAUUUGAGUACUCCCAUACGAAAAAUACACCUAUUGAGUUCAGAUUCAGAUGACUCAGCCAGUGAGGACAAAUACAAGUACAAAAAUAAAGUUGAUGCAUCUAAAUUGAGGCAUCAAAACCUAAUUUCAGAGAAUGAACAGCAGAGAAGUUUGAAAUACAGAAAACAUCUGGAGGAUAGUUUUUGGAAAGAUUUUAAUCCUGUAAAUAACAUAAACUUAGCCACGCCUGCUCUGGAUGAGUUCUGUGAAGAGUAUUUCAAAUCAAAGAAGGAUCCAAGACCAGGACAGCACAGAGAAGAGGAUUUGACUUUUUGUAGUUCAAGAGUAAGUGGUACAAAAGCAUUAGCUGAUGAAAUUGAAGGUUCCCAUCAGCAGAUAAGCAUCUCCAGAAACACUAAGCCACAAUGCAACUUGACCAAUCCAGAACCUCCUGCUUUUCAGUAUUUCUACCAUGAUGAUAUGAGGAUUCAGACGUUAGUGAAAAGACGGUUAUGUUACUUUGUUCCUCUUGGUGCAGAACUGCAUGGAGCAGAGAAACAACCUGGGACUGAAAAUCUAAAUUACAUGAGUCAAUUCAGCACCACGGAUGUUCGAAGUCGAGCCUGUAAAACCAACAAGCAGGGUCUUAAUAGAAGUUUUAGGAAGGGGAAAAGGCCAAAGGAUGCUAGUCCGAAGAAGUCGUCAGAUGCUACUGGAGAUUGGAUGACUCCCAAGAAUUGCACUGCUAUUCCGAAAGAUGCUGGAAAAAGGCGAGUCCAUGCAUCAGGUCAUCAAUCUGGUCACUGGUUUACUGAUCAAAAUGGAAGAAAGGCUUAUGUAACUAAAAACGGACAGGAGCUGACAGGUCGAGUUGCCUAUAGACAGUAUAAGAAGGAUAGUGGUGGAUUCAGGAAGCCGAGGAAGAAAUCUGCUGCCAAGAAGAAAACGAAAUAACGAGCGUUUGCUGGAGUCUGCAUGUUUCCUUCACAGUAAGAAAGCAGUUCAUGUUUUGGUCAAUUUUAGAUUACAGUAUUUGGCCUUUUGGCUUGUGUUAAUGUCAUGUGGUAACAUCUUAAAACUUCUGUACAGUAAAUUCAUGCUCUUUUAGAAACCUCCCAGACUAUGUAGAUAUUUCUGAUUACUUACUGCUACAGCUACCGCAUCUUCUCUGUUGCA